CUUGGCUUGCCUAAUAGCCAGGAUACAUACCGGAAAUCAGGAACGUGUCUUCACCGGAGUCGUGAAUCUGCUUGGCCAUCGCACACGUACACGAAUCCUUGGGAUUCUUAUUCGUGCCACUGCGUGGCCACGUCGCCGUGGCGCACAUUCUAUAUCAGCGGAAUGGACGGAGCCGAGUCAAUGACCGCCGCAACGUCUGAGGGCUCCUCUCGUGGUCCUUCGACACCGCGGCUUCCUGUGGAUGUCUGUGAACGGCUCAUCGACCAUGUCGCGAUGGGAUUGGAUCUCAAUUUUGGCUCUAUGAAGGAUGAGCCACAUCAUGCCGCUCUCACUUCCUGCGCACUCGUAUGCCGCGACUGGUAUUACCUCACAUGGUACCAUCUGCGUCAACGCAUCCAUUUACGAGACCGAGAGGACGUCCUCUCGCUUUCCAAGACACUCCGUGCAAAACCUCGCCUCCGUGAGGUCAUUCGACAGGUCGGGAUAUCGGGUACUUCUCCCGGGAAGCGUCAAGCUAUCCGGCACCUGGGGAUGUUUGCCGCUACGCUCGUGGGCAAGGCUCCGAGGUUGUCGAGGAUCACCAUUCAAAAUGCUGAGUGGACCAUCGGCUCGGUCCGAAUGGAGGACAUCGGCUACCUAGCAACGUUCAGCUCCAUGAACACUCUAAUUCUCCGCAAUGUCACCUUGCCGAGCGUCGCCCACUUGUCCCACCUCGUGUCAGCACUCCCCAGGCUUAGGGAUUUCACGUGCUCCAGAGUCAGUUGCCUGCAGAAACAGCAACUCUCACUGGCGCCUCUCCCGCUGAACUGUGCAAACAUGUACUCUCUCAGUGUGUUUUCGGAUCCACCAGCAGUCGAAGAUCUUCUCGUGUACAUCAGCCGGGCUUCUCGAGUGCGCGUUCUCUAUCUUGGGGUGGUCGGCGAGUUGGCUCCAUCGGGGGCAGUCAGCCGAAGUCAGACUUUGCUGGAUGCGAGUUCCACAUCCGCAGAAAGGGUUAUUCUCACCUGGGGUAUUGAACACGGUUAUUUUGUUGAUGUUGGCGAUAUGGACGCCAUGAUCGGAAAGUAUUCUUAAUGCUCUCUAUCGUCACUUGGCUGAUUGUUUCAUGCCUUAGUACAGAGCGGCAUUACAACCUUUCACACCACGGCCGUCUGUGGGGGCUCGACAUCCAGCUGUGC